UGCGCUUUCUAUUACUUUAUAUUGCGGUUUGCCCUUGGGCUACCGCACUGCACAAUAUUAUAUACUUCUUUAAUUUGUACAAUGAGUACAAGAUAAUUUCAACUAGCUUGAGUUAGUUCCCGCCAGGGAGCGGCGGUUGCACGACCACUUUCCUCCCAGUUGCCGGUCUUUUAGUCCCAUGGCUGAUGGUUUAAUGGCUUUGGGCAGGAGCUCAGCUGGGGUGGAGCGUGCGCAGCCACCACUUGGGCGGACAAACAGCAAGGGUCGCGGUGGCAGUGGCGGUGGCGGCGGAUGUGGGCGACUAGACCAGUUCAAAGUGGAGGCUCGAGCGUUCCUGCUUGAGUCCUGGAAGCUCAACCUGCUGCUGUUCGCACUGCCCUUCGCCUUCAUCGCGCGGUUCGCGGACUGGGGCGAUGGAGCCACCUUCACCCUCUCCUGCCUGGCACUGGUGCCGCUGGCGGAGCGUCUUGGUUUCGUGACUGAGCAGCUGGCCAUGUACACGAGUGACACGCUGGGGGGGCUGCUGAACGCCACGUUCGGGAACGCAACGGAGAUGAUCAUAUCAGCCUUUGCGCUCAUCCAGGCGCGCCACGGCAGCACCGCCACCUACCUACGAGUGGUGCAGCUGUCGCUGCUGGGCUCGGUGGUGUCCAACCUGCUGCUGGUGAUGGGCACGGCGUUCAUCGCAGGGGGGUUCAGGAACAAGAUGCAGACCUUCAACCAGACGGGCAUCAAUGUGAACGCGGGCAUGCUGGUGCUCGCCACCUUUGCGGUGCUGCUGCCCUCGCUGCUGGAUGCGACACACACGGAGGUCAAGGGCGGCAACCGCUCCGAGCUGGCCCUCUCGCGCUUCGAGUGCAUCUUCAUGUUCCUGUGCUACUGCGUCUUCCUGUUCUUCCAACUCAAGACGCACAGCGACCUGUUUGAUGAGAGCGGCGGCGCCUCCGACCCCCCCACCGCCGCCACCACCACCACCACCCGCACCCCCGCCAUCGGCCCCUCAGCCCCCGCCAGCGGGGGAGGCGGGCUGGGCUCCUUCCCGCCCUCACCGCCCCUACUAGGCAGCAGCGGCUACAUCGGGGGAGGCUCCGGACGCGCAACGGGCGUUGGAAACGGUGGUUUCGGAGCCAGCUUGAACAACCCAGGCGGCGCGGGGGAGAGUGAUUUGGAAGCAGCAGGAGGCGGUGGUGGCAGUGGGGGUGGAGGAGUGGGAGGAGGGUUGCUGCGGAGCUGCUCGAUUGACGGUCGUGAGGUGACGAUUGGCGGGCGGUUUGCUUCGGGUGCGGUGGCGGUGGGCGGCCGCAACUUGGAGAUGGUGGAGAAGCGCACCGGCAGCGGCCGCAGCACGGGCAAGGCGGCCGACGUGGAGCGACUGCCCCUCGUGACGGCCGACAGAUCCACGGGCCCUGGCGACCACGACGAGGACGACGACGAGGGCCGCAGCCCCUCCUCCCAUGGCGGCGAGGAGGAGGAGGAGGCGCCGGUGCUGUCGCGCACCGGGUGUUUCCUGUGGCUGGCGGGGGUGACGGUGUUCAUCUCCUUCCUGUCGGAGUUUGUGACGGACGCGAUCAAAGGUGCCUCCCACUCCCUGGGUAUCCCCAUGCCCUUCCUGACCACCAUCCUGCUCCCCAUUGUGGGGAACGCGGCGGAGCACGCAUCCGCCAUCGUGUUCGCCUACCGCAACAGGAUUGAGAUUGCGCUGGGAGUGGCUGUGGGCAGCAGCACCCAAGUGUCUAUGAUGGUGGUUCCCUUCUGCGUGCUGCUGGCGUGGACCAUGGGGCUGCCUCUGGACCUGGACUUCACCUCGUUCGAGGCGUUUGUGCUGUUCGGGUGCGUGCUGCUGGCGGUGCUGGUGGUGCAGGACGGCCACGCCAACUACCUGAAAGGCAUUCUGCUGCUGCUGACCUACUUCUUCAUCAGUGCGGGCUUCUGGUGCCACAAGGACACGUACCUGGAGGGCUCGAUGGGAGGUGGGGAGGGGGCAGCAGCAGCUGGGGCGCCGCCCCCACCCUCGCCGACCCAGAACUGAGAAGGAGGGCACUUCGUGCGUGCAACAGGCAACAACAGAAGUGGUUGGGUGUCGAAGGAACUUGAAUCACAAUGCUGUGUUGUGGGGUGCUUCCUGGCUUGGGUGUUUGUUUCCUUGAAUGUAUGCCUUGUACUCCUCUUCGGGUACCGGUAUACAUGUAGUUGUUGGCGGCCAUUGUGUGUUUUGCUGGGUUUCUUGGAAGAAGAAGAAGAAACGGGUCGCCUCCUCCUCCUUGAUGGACGAACUCCGCAACAAUGAAUAGGAAUCUCCCUGUGUUGCAACCUGCUGCUGCGUGCGUGGGGGUGCUGCGCCCACGCACGGAAGCAACCCCCGUGCGCUGGGUUGCAAGCGUGUGUGUCACACACGCUUGCAGCAGUUGGGUCGGAGCCACGUGACUGUUGGGUCGGAACCAUCCCGGUUUGGCCGUACACCCGUCUACAGCGGUUUAUUUCUGGUUAUGUGGAGUUUUGUGUGGGUAAGGAUAAACUUGAGUGCCGUUGUUGUGCAGAGGGAGAUGGUGCCAUAUGCGCCGUCUUGCGGCUUAACACGCCGCUGUGUCUUUGGUUGACGUCGUUUGUAAAUGACAUGUGGGCGAGGGUCUUGGGUGGGUUUUGAAACAUUAUUCAAUUUGUUAGGCGGGCGGAUGUUUACUGGUUGUGCGUUUCUUUACCCUUGACGUCCUUGAUGAGUCCACAUCAUGCUGACUUGUACAGACGCACUGCAAGACAGCACAGGCACUAUACAGCUGAGGCAUAGGUUGCAGGGCCGAGGCGGGGCGGAGGGAGUGUGAGGCACGUCUUGCGUGGAUCUUUAUUCAUAAAUACGUUGACGUUCCGGUAACGUAGCUGUAGUAGCAGCAGUGUGCACAGGAAGUAAACAGGAGGGAGCCUCAGAGAGGUCUGCGAGGUCCUGCAGCCUAUCAUACAUCAUAACGGUGCGCAUCCGCUUCCUUGGGUUGUCUUGCUGUACAUCUCACUAUCACUGCCGCGCACUUCGCCGCUUCUCGCCGCACUCUUUCGUCGUUCAGGAUAAACGUUCGUUGAGCCAACGAUCUAUGUUCUUGCGUGCGUUAUAUGCGUAUAGCCCCCUAAACACCCC